CCAAAUCGUGCCACACUAUCGACCAUGACGGCGAUUUGUUUCGUUUGUAAUCUGCCGAUCCUCAGUCACCAGGUCGGUCUGAUAUGGCAGGGCGGCAACGGUUGGGACGAUCUCGUCCGCGAGCAAGUCGAGGAGUCUACCUUGAAGCAGCGACUGGGGACAGGUCGCCGAGACUCUGCCGCCCAGAUCUCGCCGCCAAACGAGAUCCAGGAGCCGUCACCGAUGGCUCAAGGCCGUCGACGGCGCUCGUCCUUGGCCCAACUGACGGACAUCCUGCGGGAAUGGGGUGGCGGUGGGAGCAGCGGAAGCAGCAGCGCCACCAAGACCGGCGGCAGCACCCGCGGCAACAAGCUGAGCCGGCGCGAGACUCUCGCCGACAUUGCCAAGUCACUGCCCUGGUCCAGGCAGACCACCACCGACUCGACUCAUCUCGCCUCUCUGAGGAAGAGGCGCGAAAGCUCCGUUGACAGCGGCAUAAGGAGCCAAGUGUCGACAAAAUCGCGCCGGGAGUCCGCCAUCAAUGAUUUUAAGAAUGACUUGGCCAGACUUUGGAGCAAAAAAGAUGCCCAGCCUCAGCAACAGCCCCCACCUACUGUCCUCUCGCCCACACUGCGCAGAGGAUCUGGAGAGUCUAAGAACUCACGUCGCGGUUCCAGCGAGAGCUCAAGGUCAAGACGGGAUUCGGUUUACGGACAGACGCCCAGCCCUGGGGAGCGGAUCCAUCAUUGCCGACACUAUAAGCGUCGACAAUCCCAGCAGUCGGUCGAGCUAAACCAGGGUGGCGGUAACGCCGGUGCCAAGUACUAUAGAAGCGACCAACGGCCAAGUGCAUCGAGUACCGACAGUGCGACCAGUAAUGCCGUCAGAGAGCACCUGGAGGCUCGCAAGUGCCACCACGAACGAGCCGGUAGUUUUGAAUCCAAAGGGACUACAAUGUCAACGAUAGCCACGAGCACGAGCGACGUAAAGCACUUGACCCUCGAGCCGAAUAUCCAGCCACCAAUGAUCGUCAUGUCAUCGGUGACGCCGCCCCCGGUGUCCCCCAUAGCCGUUAAUAGCUUGCCUCUGCCGGGAACCUCGUUAUCCGGUGGUUCCAGUCCAAUAGGCGCGCCCAACAUCGGCGGCACUCCACUCCAUCCGCUCAUCACCACAAGAAGGGAUUCGACUACUCAGUGUUAUUACAAAACAAAGGAAACAUCGCCAAAUAAACUAAGAUUAACGAGACAAGCAACAGCGAUAGACGAAUCAUUGCCACCACCAGGUCGCCGGGGAAGCCAACCAACUUUAUCACCAGAUCCCGAUGACGGAGGUCGCAAAGCAAGAAGAGAUUCCCUUAGUCCCGAUUCAGCUUCUUACCCGAGACGUCGGGAUUCCAGAAGUCACUUAAGUCCCGAUAGGAAUACCGUAGAUAAAAGAGAUAUAAGUCCUAUAAGGUCGAGGAAGGGGAGGCUAAAAAGACAAUCUACGUCAAUAGCGGGACGACCACCUAGAUCUCCCGAUAGCUCAUCAUGCUCAUCAAGGGAUCCUAGUCCGUGUGGUCGUCUUCCUGGAAGUACGCAACAUGCACCUGUGAUAAGAAGACAAUCAACGACGGAAGAAAUUUUAAUAGCACGUGGAUUUCGGCGUCAAAGUACAACUGAAGAGAUGAUACGUUGUCGAAACUUUAGAAGGCAAAGUUCACAAAGCGACGACCAGGUACAAAGAUAUCGAGGGAGACGAGACAGUUCAGCUCAAAUAACCGAUGGGACUUUUGCAUCCAUGACCAUUGAAACAUCAAGUACCUUUUUUGACACAAGUACACAAACGGAACCAUCUCCGCUUUAUGAUAACAACCACUACCAUGAGGAGUGCCUAAAAUGUAACAGUUGUGGUCUCAACCUCACGGGACCUAAUCAAAAACGGGCGCGCAGGUUUAAAAAUCAAAUCCUUUGCGACUUACAUUUUGCCGACGUGGCGCUGAUGGAGUGUUCGGAUUUCAUGCAGCAGUUGCGCAGCUUCAAGCCCCAAAGUUUAGGCUGCGCAGUUGCCAGAAGAAAAUCAUCGACUACCCUUAUAUUUCCGCUUCCGCCACAGGCUUGCUCAGAUGAAUUCUGCCAAGAGUACCCACAUAAUCUACUGCCGACGCCCGGCUAUUGGAUCGAGUGCUCACGUCAGCAAAUUACAACCGACACGAUCUACGAUGAGAGCGAGAGCGACCGGGAGGGCACGGACAUCGAUCAGCAAGCGGAGCAAUUGCAGCAGGAGUUAGAGCAGCCACUUUCGAUCGGGAAUAACGCGAUGCGACACAGUAAUAGGCAGGAGCAGGACUGUCUUUUCGAGGAAAACGAGCUCGACGGCGACGAGUCACCGAAAAAGAAAACCGUAAUUGAAGAACAGUGGGAGAAGAGUCAGGGUUUCGAGCUUACCUCCGUCGAGCAGGAGACGUACGAGAAAUACUUUUAUGGGACCGAGCACUGGAAUUAUUUUACCAACGACGAAGACUUGGGGCCCGUUAUACUGAGCAUCAAGCAAGAGAUGUUAAACAGCAGGGACCAGUUUCGUAUACUAGUACGGGCUAUCAGCUACACGGUGCACGGUCUCAUACCUGCCAGCUGCGUCUUUGCCGAUAGUGGUAAAAAGCUUAGGGAAAGAGGUAAACAUCAAUCCAACAUCAAUCCUCCGCUGACACUUGGGCAACUUCCCGACACCCCCGAGGAGCUGCUCAAGUUAGAUCAGGUUUUCAUCAAGUCGGAGUUGAAAGUUGGCGUGAUCUACGUGCAGGAGGGUCAGUACGCGGAGGAGGAGAUCCUUGACAACAACGACGAAUCGCCGAGUUUCGAAGAAUUUCUGCAAAUACUCGGGGAGAAGGUGAGACUAAAAGGUUUCGAUAAGUAUAAGGGCGGCCUCGACACCGUUCACGAUCUCACCGGACUCUACUCCGUUUACACCAAUUGGCGAGGAAUCGAAAUCAUGUUUCACGUCUCGACGAUACUGCCCUAUGAAAAGCACGAUGUACAAAAACUGCAAAGAAAAAGGCACAUUGGCAACGACAUUGUUUGCGUAGUUUUUCUCGAAGCAGAUAAUACAAGUUUUAGUCCAGCUUGCAUAAAGUCACACUUUUUACAUACAUUUAUUCUCGUCCGUGUAAGUCCACGUAUUAAAAGGAAAAUCACGCGAUACGAGGUAUCCGUGGUUACUAGAGAUGAAGUUGGCGCCUAUAAACCUUACCUUUGGGAGCAAAGUGUCUUUGAAAAAGGACCGAUGUUUCGCGAAUGGAUACUAACGAAGAUAGUGAAUGGCGAGCGAGCGAGUUAUUCUGCGCCGAAAUUCGCUAGGAUGCAAGAAAGAACGAGAAGUCAAAUGCUUGAAGAUAUAGUAGCAAAUUUAGCAAAUCAUGCUGAAACUGGACAAAUACCGAAACCUUAUAGGCGUGGAUCAUGGAGACCAAUUGGUCAUAUGAGACCAUCGUCGCCAUUAUUAGACUCUGUUAGAGAUCAAUUUGAAGAUUACGAUCAAUUGGCCAAGGACUUUACUAGAGUAUUUUUAAAUAAUGCCGAAAACUUAGCUAUUAAUGCAAAUUUAUUUGACGUAUCGUUCCUGGUGCCUGGUCAACAAAAACAAAAAGUUCGAUUUAUAGGGGUACGAGCCAUUCUAGGUGUUAGAAGCCGCGUUUUUCAAGAAAUGCUUUAUGGAAUUCAAGCAGGUUUUGGAAGUCCACAAGUGCCGGUUGCUGAAUUAUUAGCUAGACCAGCACCAACGCUACUCAGUCCACAAAAGCCAAAGAGUUCAAAUUUUCUGCAGGUGCCGGACGUUGAAAGUCCUAGGCCUAAAAGUGUGCCGUCCUCGCCAAUGGUAAAGCGGGCAUUCUCGAGGCUGGGCACGAUAACCGCUGGCUGGGGUCGUAGCAUACGUAAACACGGCAGCAACACACUGUCCAGCGAGGAUAGGAAGCGCUGGGCCAGCUCCCAGGAUUGUAGUAAUAAAGACAUGAAAGACAAAGACAAGGCGGCUCAAUCGCUAGCCGUUCCCCGACUAAGCGUUUGCGCCGAUGCGCAGAAAGUCGAUCGAACGAAAUUAGCGCAGACUGAGUUCGACAUCAUAGAAUUCGACCCGGAGACAUUCCGCAUCCUACUGGACUACCUGCACACGGGCUCCUGCCCAUUGACUUGCAGCAACAUUCCCGGCCUCAUUUGCGCGGCUGAGCACUACGAUCUUCCCGAGCUUCUGCAGGCGUGCUUUCACCACGCCAAACAAUUUUUGCGCAUUGAGAUUGUGUGCGUGAUGCUCUGCGCCUUGGAGAACUAUUAUUGGCGCUACACCUCGGCCUCCGAGCUCGUCAACAUGAUCCUCGCCUUCGUGGAAACCCGGGCCUUUCAGCUCUUUCAAAAUCCCGAUUUCCUCAUGCUCAGUGAAUCUAUGGUACAGAUGAUCAUGAAUCGUAGCCUCGAGGUCGUGGAGAUCAAGAAAUUUGAGGCGAUGCUUAAUUGGGCGAAGCAUCGAAUUAAAUCUAUGUCGGACGUCGACGCCAACAUCGAGUUCAAGCAUAUUAUGGAGAGACUCAGCAAAGAUCUCAAACUUUACAGGAUUACACCACAGGAGCUUAUUAAGGUGAGAUGGGCUUUUACGAACUUUUUAGAUCCCUUUCAAAGCUCUCCUUUAUCGAAACUUCUUGAAUUAAAAUGGCCCCUCAACGCAACAUCUUCGCAAUUUAGUUUCCUGCUAAUCGGCGCAUAUUAUUUACAUCGACCAACGAUUAUUUCAUUAAUAUUUUGCUUUUCAGAUUGUAUUGCCCUCGAAAUCAUAAGUCACGGGAGAAUUCUUGAAACCUUGAUGUUCCAAGCAAACUCUGGAAUGUAUCGAAACGUCGAUGAUUACCUGGAGGCCUACCAGAAUCGACUUCAAAAUCAAGAAAGUCUCGACGGUGGCUUAUAAGUGCACGCAUUGAUUGCUGAAACUGAAAAGAAAGCUAAGAUACCUGAUAAUUUUAAGAACAAGCAUGACUUAAGAACUCAAGUUUCUAUAUAAACUUUCGAUAAGUAAUGUACAGAAACAAUUCCUAAAUCUCUCACUUACAGAAAUACAAUAAACCUUAACGAGAUAAUAGGACGAGCGUUUCUUAACGAGAUAUGUAGCUUUCUUGCUAGAAUAGAAGAGAAUCGAAGAGCAAAUAACAUUGAAAUAAACUUUGAUGGCGUUAAAAAGUCUGAUAAAUAUAUGUGAAGAAAAAAAAUAUACAAAGUGUCGAGGAAUUUCCACUGGAAAUGUUUGGGUAUAAUACUUUUUGAAACAA